GCUACAGGAAACGGAAAUGACGGGAUAGCAAAUGAUCUCCAGUUAGCACAAGGUCCCAACGGAGAUUUCGACGGUGCUUUCCAGUUUUCCGGGAAUUCCUACAUUGACAUUCCCAACAACGGUAGGCUGGAUGUACGUUCCUCCUACACCAUACUGGCCCACAUAUACCCUACUGGUGACGCUGGACCAAUCGUCAACUACGUGGGUGACAACAAUGAGUGGGCGGUACAUCUUUGGCAGACGUCUUCAAGGGCCCUGUUCAUGCGAACGAUCGGAAGAGAUGGACAUUUUUCACCUGCCAUCUCUGCGGAUGUGCUGCAGCAGCACGCGUGGAACUAUGUGGGUGGAACCUACGACAGCAACACAGGGAUGGAAUCCAUCUGGAACAACGGUGAGAUGGUCGGACAGAAGCAGAUCGGGGUCUCAACGGUCGCAAGUCAGUACCCUAUCCGGGUGGCUGUGAGGGACGGAGACAAUCGGAGGUUCAGGGGUCGCAUAUCCUGCCUGCAGAUAUACAACUACGCCAUGACUCAGGAACAGAUUGUCGCAGCGCGACGGAGGUGUUUCCAACAGGUUCCAGGAGGCUCGGGUGGCACUACAGCUGAGAAUACAGACUCUCCAGGAGCCCAGCUCAGUGGCGGCGCCAUCGCUGGGAUCGUCAUCGGUGUACUGGUCGGUGUCGGCCUAUUGGCGGUGUUCGUCCACCAUUGCAAGAAGACCGGCUCACAACCCACUCCUGCCAACCGGGCCAACCCAAACCCACAGGCAGCUAGGGUGAACAACACGGUGGUGCACAGCCCGACCGUGGUGUCACAAAACCCCGCAUAUAACCCAUACCCCCCUCCCCCGCAAUAUCCUCCCCCUCCCGCCUACAACACUGCUGUGAACAUGCCUACCCAACCCCCAGGCUCACAGUAUACUUCCCAGUUCCACUCGUCCCUCGAUCCCGCGUAUGCCCCUCCCCCCGAACCAGUCAAAUAUGGAAUGACGUAGAUCUAGCACGUCCGACUGAAUCACAUUUUGGGUCCUUUAAGACCCAAUAUUAAGUACUUCAUCACUUUCCGUAAGGUCUGGGGCUCGUAAACGAGACUGAGAAUCACGAAAAAAAAUGUAAUUCAAUCCUUGACCUGAACCGGCACUGAUUUCUUGACAUCGUACGUCCAUACUGUCUCUAAUGGAAUCCUAUUUUGGGGGAAACAUUCAUCUCAAACAUUUUCCUUACAUCAGACUUGAAUUAUUGUGCAUAUGGUAAGAUAUUUCGUGAUAUGUACUAGUACAUCAGCUUUCAUGUUUAUUCGGAAAGGCGUGACUUGUGAUGCAGUGCACAGCUUUUAACACCACCUUUACUGAUGGUCAUUAUUUGUAUCGUCUUUAACGUU